CCCCUAUUCGAACCAUCAGGUGUCUUUGAAAAUCAAACCAGCAUUCGACUUCCAUUCAAGAUCGUAGAUUUUCAAGUGGACAUUUACUUCCAAGAGAAAUGGUUAGACCUACGACUGACUCACAAUGGCACAAAACGAAUCCUACUGAAGGACCCAGUCUUGUUCAAACUGAUCUGGCAUCCCGACAUCUAUUUCGCUAAUGCUCGUACAGCCGCCUUUCACGAUGUCACGCAGCCCAAUUUCCUUGUGUGGAUCUAUCCCAACGGUACAGUCUGGUAUGACUGUCGAAUCUCACUAACAGUGCUUUGUAUGCAGAACUUGGCACGUUAUCCCUUGGACUCACAAAGCUGUGCUCUCCGUAUUCUUAGUUAUGCUUAUGACACUGAUCAAAUCGUUAUCCGAUGGAACGGAGAACAUCCGGUCGAAGUGAAUUCUGAAAUCCGUAUGCCUGAUAUGCGACUACGAGCUAUAGAACACAUGAUACGAAACGACACUUACGCAACAGGUCUCAUUUGGUCUUGCGCAUUGGCGGAAUUUCAUGUUGAUCGUGAAAUUAUGCACCAUAUUAUCCAGUCGUACCUUCCUACGGGUUUGAUCGUCGUGAUUUCAUGGUUUUCGUUCUGGUUGGACGUGGAAGCUGUUCCAGGGAGGGUCUCACUUUCUAUAACAACCUUGCUGACGUUGGCAACACAGAGCAGUGCAGCACGUAUGGCAUUGCCACAGGCGUCUUAUGUGAAGGCUAUCGAUGUAUGGAUGGGUGCUUGCAUGGCCUUUGUGUUUUCUGCGAUGAUAGAAUUCACGGUUGUGAACUACUGCACUCGGCGGAAACCGAAGAAGGCUCACACCCCAACAAAAAGUCUCAGCGAACAAGUGCAAAGUUUGGUUACACAGUACAAGGAAAAGAAAACGUACCAAUAUGACAACAUGCCUUACGAAGUGAGUUUAUGUGGAGAAAAUGACAGCAACUCGCAAAACCUGCACAAGAAGCAAAUACGCGAACUGAAUCAACCCACUGUGUUAAUGCGACGAAACUUUUUGCCGAGUAUGAAGCGAAAGGCAAUCGAAGAGCGAAUAAGUCGAGUGGAAGAAAAUCGUAAGUACGCACAGAUGAUCGAUCGACGUAGCCGAGUUCUCUUUCCAAUGGCAUUCGUUUUGUUCAAUUUAAUCUACUGGCUUUACUACAUUAACUUUACUGAAGAUACGAUAGGGUAA